GUUUGUGCUAAAGCCCUCCAGCCUGUUUACGUGUCAAGAACAGAUCCAAAUUCAAGAAAAAAGACAAUUUCUGAAAUAAAAAGACGAGCAACUUCUGGUAGAAAGUGGCCACACAUAGUUAUAUUUCCUGAAGGUUAGUAGAUUUAUCUCUGGUGGGAACAAGUAGGUUCUUUCUCUUUCUUCCUGGUCCUGACCUCAGCUGAUUUUCCCAACUCUUUCUAUGAAAGGUCAUGCGUUGUUGGGCUUUGCAUUUAUACCAAAAAAGGGAGUAAAUAACUAAAAAACGAACCAAGAUACAAAUUAAAGAGAAUGUUUUGUUGGAGUUUUUUACUUCUGCGGUUAUGGAUCAGGUUAACUUGAAACCUUCUAUGGUGUCCCUGUGCAAUUAGCUUUCCAUAAUAUUAUGCUAUGACUCUUAUCCUCGAGAGAUUUGCCCUUUUCUUCUAGGAGGUGGGGCCCCAUUUUUCGAGUUUGCAGAAGGCUCAUCAAUAAGUUAUAAUAAUAAUAAUAAUAAUAAUAAUAAUAAUAAUAAUAAUAAUUUAAUUUAAUUUAGUUUACCUGGUGCUUUAAUUUAUUUCCUCUUGCAGGAUGGCCCAUUAAAGACUGUCUGUCUUUGUGCUUUUUUUAAUUAACAGAUCAUUUUGACUUUAACUGCUGAAUUUCUCAAUUUGUAACUUGUGUUUGCUCUUCUCAGGAACAUGUACAAAUCGAAAAUGUCUGAUCACAUUUAAGCCUGGUAAGUACAAAUAACUUGAAAAUUUGUUGAAAUUUAAACUGCUCUGGAGAAUUAUUAUUUUCACUGUGAGUAAUGGCCUCUUAUGUAGACAUCCAUAGGGCUUUUUUACACAUUUCUCCUUUACGAAUGCAUAAAUAAAGCCGUCGUAAAAACUUCUGAUCUUUUGUUUGUUAUGUGAUUUAGCCUUCCAUUUUUUGUCCUAAAUCUCUUCCAAUCAGAAAUUCCCUUUUUUCUCCCGUCAACCUAUUGGAAUGCUUUUUCCCUGAAUUUUAUCAUCAAGCCACGCUGAAAAAUUUUUAGUAUAUUAAAUAGAUAUUAUUUCGUCACAAAUUGCAUGUGACAUUUAAUUUUUUUUCUUGGGUCUAUUUUCUCAGGUUAUGUUUUUGUCGUGUCAAUAGGUGCUUUUUACAGUGGCUGUCCUGUUCAACCAGUUGCCCUAAAAUAUCCUAACAGGCUGGUAAGUGGAAAAGUAGUGUAUAACACUGUAAGGGAGGGUUUACUUGACACCAGGGCGACUUAACACCGGCGCAAAUUCACUUCAGUUACCUCUCAUGGCUCAGCAUAUUUUUUUAUAUGAUACCACCACAAUGUCAUUCCCGUGUGAGUCACACCGGCAGGAGUCCACCCCAGUUGUUGCACUGGAGUGAGAAUUUCACUCCUGUAUGAAAUUUUACAACAGUAUCAUGUAAACGUGAAAUGACCACUUGUUUUGGUAUGAAAUCAAUAAUAAUAAUAAUAAUAAUGGAAUUUAUAUAGCGCUUUUACAUCGCUGUUCUAAGCACUUUACAAUGUAAAAAAGGACAUAAGAAUAUCAUUAGUCACAAGCUAACAUAUAACAGUGUUGUACAUAUUGGGAAAUGUAUAGUAUACACAUCGUAAAAAGGAAAGAAAACAAAAACAAAUAUGAUGAAACUAAACUACUGCCGGCUGGUAGACUGGAAUGGGUUAAAAAAGCACAUGGGUAAUGCAUAAACAGAUUUUGCCACUCCCUAACAUAAAUAUUGGUCCUCUGUUAUAUUUAGGUCCCACUGUAUUAAGAAACAGUGAUGACAAUUUUGUCCCAAUUUUGGCAUCUUGCUUGCUAGGAAACCGAUGCUCUGCAGAUGAAUGAAAGGAGCUUGCCAUUAAUUAGAACUGGAUUGCCAGAUCAGUCCAGUGGUAAAGAGAAUUCUACUGUUAGUCAGGGCUGUUCGGCCACUGGUUAGUCAACACCUAAAAUUUGUGCCCAUAAGUUACAGAUUUUAAUUAAAAUCUAUCAAAAAAGGCCCAUUUCAUUCUUAAAAUGAACAGUCCAACUGACCAAUUAAUUGCCCUAGCUUACACUCAUUUUUCUUGAAUUUGUUGUGCAUGUAGGACACUGUGACAUGGACAUGGUCUGGGCCAAGUGCGUAAGUCAUCAUCUAUGUUUUUGUCCUAGUUUUCAAUGAUCGGAAUUUAACUCAUUACUUAGGACAAUGAGUCUAAUCAUUUAACCUUCCACAUGUAAGUUUAACUUUAAGUACACAGACGGCAUGUUGUAAUGAGCAACAAUUCUGAGUUCCCCCGGGCCUCUGUAUCAAAACGAGGUUAUACGCUCAGCCUUUGAUGUGGAAAUGAUUUUUCAUUCUCAUGCAAAUAAAACUCAUUUUCACAAGAAAGGUUGUGCACUUGGCCUCAUUUCGAAAGUGAGGGGUUUUUAAACUUGAAAGUAGCCAAUUUUGAGUAUAUUUAAUAAAAUUGUGUAAAGGAAAAUUAUUAUUCUUUUGUUUUAGAAUCACCCUUCUGUGGUUGACCUUAUGCCAGUUUCACAACUACAUGGAAAUAGAGGUAUGAUUUUUGCUUGUUAUAUCUUUUGAAAUGAGAAUUGCAUGGCUGGUUGCAAGAGUGUUGGGUAGGUUAAUGUUCCAGAUGAUGUUUCCUGGCUCAGUUCAUAUUCUCUCUUUUGUUAUUGACAGAUUCUGCCAGUAUACAAGCCUGAUACUGAGGUACAUCACUGGGAUAUAUCUUAUUCAUCUAGAUAGGCUGCUUAGCAUGCCAGUAACCCUUUAGACCAAGUUAUGAAGGGGCGAUUUGUUACUCAAACUUAAAAAUCUGUGGAGGAAAUCCUGUAAGUACAGUAACCUCUUUAGCAGACAUUUUACAUGGUGCUAUUUAUUUCUAAGGAUUUUACAGAAAGAAAUUUGGAACUUUUGUUAAAACUUGUUGUUUGAAAGAAUUAAUAUUUAUAACUCUUCUGUCAGAUCUUAUUUAACUAUUGACUUUUAUUAUAGGAAAUGCAUGAUGGCAAGCUAUUUGCAAGAAAUGUGCGAGAACAAGUUGCAAGGUGUAACAUAAUUGUAUUGUGUUAAGUGCUUAGUUCCACCUCAAGCACCUCUAGUCUGCACUGUAAAGCACGUUGAAAGAUGACAUGACUAUGGUCAAAAAACUUUUCUAGGACUAGAGAAGAAAAGAAUCUUUCGCAGCAUUCUCUUCUAGUAGCAACUUUGCCCAACAGCACUGAGAUACACGCCCUCCUCUUCCUUCCCUCCCCUAACAGCAAGUGUAGUUGUCAAAUUGAAUCGCAACAAAUUUUUGGCCAAUUUUGCUCCUUUUUUUAUUCUCGAUGGUGACCAGAAAAAAAACGGCCCAAACAGCGUUUUAAAAAGGAGUCAGUUAAAAGCCAAUAUAAGUAUAAAGUUGGCCUGGCAGUUUUAAAAAAGUCGUUGUUUCCUUCGUUAUAGAGUUUUACGGGUUCCUGUUACAGAACACACAUAUGAAGACACACGUCUGAUGGUUCAGGCAUCCAAACAAAACUUACCUUCCACAGCUGGCCUGGUGGAGUACCAGAAGAUAAGCUCCAAACUCAGGUAGGCAACACGCAACGAUAGCGGUAGCAAUCGACGGCAUAAAAAUUCAAAACAUAUUUCUGAAACGAAAACACGGUGUUUAUUGUCAGACUCCCUAUCCCCCCCUCCCAGUCCAUUUGGAAGAAAUUUAUCUCAAUAGGUUGUCUACCGGGAGCGAGAUUUAUCGCGAACCAGUCACGAAGCUUGCAAUGCCGCAAAAUCAUACUCGUGGCCUGUCAUAAAUGUACCUUGCUUCUAUUUUAUUUACGCGCAUUAAAUGUACGUGCGUACGCUCGUAAAAAUUAUGGGACAGUGGAAAUCUACCCUAAUAGACAAAUUUACACGUAGAAAAAAUAUUUCUUGAAGUUGUUCUGAGCAUCAGGUUUUUCUUAUUGUAUCCCGGCCAGUAUCAAACUUGAGAGUAUGAAAGAUCUUCUGGAUAGAUUUGCCGAGAUAGAUAGCAACAGGGAUGGGCUGGUGGAUUUAGAGGAGUUUGCUGAGUACCUCAACUUACCCGUCACGCGUCAGGUCAAACAUCUCUUCUCCCUCUAUGACAGAGUGAGUAUCACACCUAAGUUUACACUGUAAACAAUAACAGCAGCUUUAACCCUGAAGAUAGGACCGUUUCUGCGUGUUACAGUCUUACAAAGAUGGUCGGUGCAUUGCUUGUUAUUCUGUAAAUCAUGGCAUUGCGCACAUUUCCUUCUUAUAAGUUAAAGUUCUGCGAGCGAGGAAAUGCGCGCUCUUGUUGUCUUGUGUAACUGGAGGUUAUUAUGGUAAGCCUGCCUCUCAAAUCAAAUCUUCUGAAAUUUGACGAAAUUUCGCGCACUUGUCGUCUUAAUACGCGCAGAUAUGCUGAGGUGAGUACGUGCAAACAUUUAAAUGCCAUUACAGCGUCUUUGACUUCAAGUUGCCGAACAACUGGCAACCAGUGGAGUUGCUUUAAUAUGGGGUUGAUGUAGUCAAAUUUCCUUGCCCCUGUGGCAACUCCAGCCUCUAAAAUAAAAUCCUCUGAAAUUUGACGAAACAUGAAGAUUUUGUGAGACGCUAUUAAAUGAGAACAAGAAAAGUGAACCAACCAUUUUCAUUGAGCUGUUUUGUGUCUUUGCUCACAAAUCUCGCGCUAAUUGGAACAGGCCAUUUUCGAGUUACAAAACUUUUCUUGUGAAAAUGAGAUUUAUUUACUUGAGAAUAUUUUUUUUUCGUAUCUCUGAUUAGCUUCGCAAAACAGACGGCUGGGGCGUCUCGGGAAUGCAUCUUAUUCAGCAGUUAUGCCAUCCACUCUUUAAUAACACUGGUACAUGCCCUCACUAGUCUUAUGUUUUGCUUUUUCCGCAGGAUGAAUCUGGUUAUUUAGACUUUCGUGAAUAUCUUAUUGGCUUAGCACUUGUGUCCCAACCCGCUAACACUGAAGAUGUGAUGAAAGUGGCUUUUCAGGUUGGUAUCUUCCAAAUAUUGCAAACUUAACUGUUUUCGCGUUCGUUGAAGUAACCACCGUGUUGCACGAAUUUUUUGCGUGAGUUUAAUUUCGCUGAUCGUCAAUUUUUUUUUGCAUUUUGCUGAAAGAUUUUUGUGAUUAUGAAAGACUUGUUUGUCACUUGCUGGAAAUUAAUUUUCGUGAUUGUCAGGAAGUCGUGCUCAAAUUGUAAUUACAACACUUUCGUUUCUUGAUUUAAUUACGUGUACUCGAAAUAUAAGUGAAACAACAUGCACAAAGAUUAUUAUAUCUUAUAUAGAUUAUUAUUAUUAUUAUUAUUAUUAUUAUUAUUAUUAUUAUUAUUAUUAUUAUUAUUAUUAUUAUAUUGUGGGCAACAAGAGGAGCCCGCAAUCCUAUUCUCCAGGUUGUUAUUACGCAUGCGUCGCAUGUAUGUAGCCAGCAUUCGUUUGGACUUCCACUAAGAAUGAAUGGAAUGCACACAACGCAAUUUGACACGCGUCUUUGGACCUUCUAUCACUCGUAAUCUGCAACCUCGUCCCCAGGGCGCUUUUCCCUGGCUUUGCAUCACGCGUGUUUGAAUAUCUGUCACGUGAAACUUACGCAAAGCACAGCGACGAAGGGUACACCCCAGCGAUGAAGCAAAAGCGUAAAAAAAACGUCUGACCGCAGGUUACAGCUGAGGUUAUUGAUCGUUACCGCCCGCACUCUGUAACCUUAGUUAUUACUAGUUGGUGAGUAUGUCACUGUAUACAGUGAUAUAAUACACAUACGGAUUAUUCACCUCUGUUCUCUCUUCACUUUCACUUCAAGGCCUUUGAUAUGAAUGGUGAUGGAAGAGUGGACGAGACAGAACUUCGCCACAUUCUUCAGAGUGCUUAUCCUUCCAUCACAGACUUGAACGUGAACUGUUUGUUUAAUCAAGUGGACGUAAACCACAGAGGAUCAGUCACAUUUGGUAGGUGCACGUCGACAUUUUGAUGUCAUUAGUGCGCUAAAUUAAUCAGUCGUUGUUACAUAAUUGAAUACUCUCCAAGCCGGAGACUUUGCGAAUAAUAAAACUUGUCGGGUUACCUUGCUCUGCGGCAACGCCCAGAAGAUCAUACUCAACCUACUUAUGAAACGUUUCCUGGGUUCAGACCUUUCACAUUUUUACUAUUCCUAGGGUCUGAAAGGGUAUUCGCGGGAUCCAUGAUUUGACCAAAAUACAGUGCAGGAUUCGGGAAACGUUAACAGGUUACGGGAUUUGAUUGAUACCCGGGAUACGGACUUCGCCAAUAUAUGGGCAUUGGUUCAGGAUUAGUGUCAUUAGGAAAAAAAACUAUAUUCGCGAUAGCGAUGACAGAAGUUCGGGAUGCGGGUUUCUCGUGAGAAAAGAGCGGGAAUGCAAGCGGGAUCAGGAUCCUCCUUUCCUGACCCUAUAUUACGGGCUGAUUGCAUAAGCCGGGCUGGCCUGUUUUGCCAGGAUCGCGUCAACUUUGAGAUUACGUGACAACCCAGCCAACCCGGUUACCUGGAAUCGCGGUCUUGUGAUCGAAAUGGCGUAAUACCGGGGUGAAUGUUAAAAGGUAGACCAAUUCUGAGUUGCCUCAAGCCUCUGUUUCAAAGCGAGGCUAAGUGCGACCUCAUUUUUACAAGAAAGGAUUUGCACUUAGCCUUUUUAUGAGAGUGAGAGUUUUUGGAACUCGGAAGUGGCCUAUACAAUAAAUCUGUCGAUCAGUCGACUUCAAUUGGUUAAUUGACAGAAGAUUGAUUGCUUCUUAUUUCUUUAGAGGAGUUUCGUGACUUCGCUCUGUCUCAUCCAGAAUAUGCUGUUCUGUUCACCGAUUUCAAGGAAAACCAAACGGAACGGGCGAGUGUGAAUCCGAGCGGCCAAAACCAGGAACACAUCCAGUUAGAAGCUGAGGCCUGA